UAUUGUUGUAUUAUUGUUCCGUAUUAGGGAAUGUCGAGUUGUUUAUUAGAUUAGGUCUACACACAGGAAAAGUUCACUUUAUGCACAUCUCUAUAUGGGAACAUAAAGGUGGACUAACACAAUGCAGUUCCAAGAUCAGAAUGUCGUAUUGUGUCUACAGCAGCGUGAACGUGGUGGGGGAUACCAAUCUGUUUUGCAACCAAGGCUAGAUCUACUAGCUGAAGAACAUAUGGCUAGCUGCUCAGAGUUUAACAAUCAAGGAUGCACUAUCCCAGGCUACCCCAAAACGACAUUUUUGAUGGCUUUCAGCCCUGAUGGAACUAAGAUGGCAUCUACACAUGGUGACCACAAUGUUCACGUGACUGAUCUAAGAACAGGACAAUGCACUAAAUCAUUAAUGGGCCAUCCCCGAACACCAUGGUGCUUAGCAUUUCAUCCUUCCUCAAAUGAGAUUUUAGCAUCUGGAUGCCUAAGUGGUGUGGUCAAAGUGUGGGACCUGCAUGGUGGCAGUGAAACCUGGGAGUCAGACUAUGGUACAGCUAUUGCUUCACUGGCAUUCCACCCCACUGACCAUGUGCUUGUCAUUGCUACUUUUAAUGAAUUGUUUUUCUGGAACUGGACUGAACCAAGACCUUUUGCCAGUUGUAAGACAGCCACUGAAAGAGAGAAAAUUAGGUUUGUCAAGUUUGACCCACUUGGCCAUUUUCUGUUUACUGGCAUAUCGAAUCCUCCUAGUGUACAGACAGGUGACUACUCUAGUGAUAGGGAAGCUCCACACAGAUAUGCCGGGCAAAGCUGGAGUGAGUCUGAGCAGAGCAGAACAAUAGCCAGUCGCAGGACCAUUACUCCUGAACUGCUGCAGCAUUACCGUAACUUUGCUGAUCGCUACAGAGAGUGGAGAGAUCAGAUCUAUGGACAAACAUCCCAGCCCGCUCCCAGUAUUAGAGCCGAUCCAGAUGAAAUGCGGCAUUCGCCGACACAGGAGGAUGCCUUGCAAGACGCGCGCGAGUAUGCCUCCUAUGUGAGUCAUGAGAGCCAGCGGCGGACGCGCGUUCAUGAGAGCAUCCUGGAGGGUCUGCGCAACCGCAUGCGCUAUGCACGACUACGCUACAUACCUAGACACCAGCAGGCAAGGUACCUGGACAUGCGGGAACGUCAACCUGAGAGUGAGAGCACAGGAACAGAGGAGCAGAUCAGCACGAUUCCGUCACAGGGGCAAAAUAGUGUACCAGACGCACAGGGGCAAGCUAGUGAACCAGUAUUACAUGAGCCGACCGAUGCAUCGGCGUCAGAGGGGCAGGUUGGUGUGCCGGUGGUACAGAGGCAGGUGGGAAUAUCGGCGCCCCUCGGCCGAUCCUCUGCUGAGGUGGCACCACCACAUAGAACCAGUGAGUUAGAAAACCUGCUGAGAGCUUCGGACGAGGACAUGCAGCAGGAAAUGGCAUCUCAGAGCAGGGUGAGGUUUGCUGAGAUCCUGAGGCAGCACGUUCAGAACCCUGAGGAAGAUGCUGGACCAGGUCAGCUGCAGCCAGGUGGCAGCACAAGUCGCUUGCAACCUGAGCCUACAAACAGUGAGACAACUGUCGGUCGCAUGUGGCUAUCGCAACUCACAGCAGAAACACAGAGAUCUGGCUCACAGCGCUCUGGUUCUCUUGCGAGGGCAGUAGCUGAGUAUCGGCAAUCGGAGAGCCACCUGCGGCUGCUUGUCUCCUCUGUGAUUCGCUCGUGGGCGGUGCAGGAUGUGUUGUCACGGCUACAAGCACAAGACAGACAGGGUCACGGGCUGUUGGAGUCUAGAAGGACACAGAGCGACGAUUAUAGUCAGGCGUCGACCAGCUCAGGGCACGUGGCAGGAAAUGUGCACACAAUGUGCAACCAGUGUGGCGGCAGACUAGACGAUGAGCCAGGAUCGUCACGGGAGUCGACAGUCUACAUGGAUUCUGUUGCAAGCAGUAGUUCGCAGAGUGUCAGUAGCCUGCUGACACCCGGUAUGCAAAGCACAGAGCAGAGUGUGUCUGGGGCACAAGGCUGCCACAGUGCUGGUCAUCCAAGAGGUGCUAAGAGAUCACACUGUAAUGCGUUUAGUAAAGACGCAUCGACAGCAGGUCCGUCGCAGCAAGAAGGUGCUAAAAAGUUUCACAUCGCAGCCCCGGAUGGCAGCGCCACCGUCUCCGCAUCUCGUGACAUGGCGGCGGUGUCGGACACCUCUACGCUUUCAGCAGACGAACCCGAAUCCUCCCCGUCUAGUUCCCGACCACAGCUAGCCGUGUCGGAUGCACCUGCAUUGUCACAGAGUUCGACCACGGACAGGAUGAUCCAAGCAGCUGAGCCGUCGUCGUCGUCGCAAGAUAACGGUCAGCAAGAUGUGACGGUGACUAGUGCCUGCUCUGUUGGCAUGCAUAGUCUAUCAACCUUGAGCCCUGCACCCUCAGACCAGCGACAGACUGGUCUCAGGGUGUCGGUACCCUCCCGAUAUUACAGCCCGCCGCAGCUGGCAAGCACGCGUGACCCCUCUAGGCAGAUCGUCAACGAUGCAGAUGUAAGUCUGCAGAACAUGGAGUCAUUUCCCAGCUGUCUACUGGAAGCUCUUGCUAGACUGCAGAGGGCACUUGAGAGACAUUCGCAUUGUCUGUCUUUCUACCGUAACGAGGCAGGCGCACAUCUGCGAGAGCGCAUCGCCGUGAUACUGGAGCGCGUGCAGAACCUGUACAACCGCAACAUCGACAACAUCCCUGUGCGAGAGAUCCCAGCGCGCGUAAUCGAAAGUAUAGAGGAAAGGCAUGAACGCCUCUGUGGUCGGCUUGAGGAGAUGACACGGCGGCUGACCUCCCCACCGAAUAGCGCUGCAUCUAGUGGUUAUCUGGCAACCGUGCUGGAGGAGGCAGCGCGGCCAGCAGCUGUUGCAGAUGUGGAAGAAGUGGAGGAGGAUGAAGAAGAUGAAGCUGCAGGCACUAGUGCGAGGCAACUGGCACUGUUGUCUGAGCUUAGAGAGGUUCGUCAGCAGUUGUCUGCUUGCUUGGAUAGACUGAUGAGAACUGAAGAGGAGUCUAGACAGGUGCAGAGGUAUCAGGCAGGGAUCCAGCGUAGAGACGAGCCAAGGCUUCUCGGAUAUCCCGGUCACAUGGGGCGCAGUGUGUACCUUCAGCCUGUGCCAGGUCGCACAGUCAGCCAAGCCGAGCCGUCGGGCAGCAAUCGAGAGGAUGCGCUUCAGAGUGCCAUCAACCGUGCGAUCGCAGGUGCCUUUGCCGUACAGGGUGAGCCAGUCAUGGCAAAUCGCUUCACAAAUCUUACACACCGAAUUCAGAGGUGGGAUUUCAGACAGUAUAGGAUUCCAGAUAUCAGUGAUGCUAACAGUAACCUGCUGGUGGGACACUGUCGCAUUCACAAUGAUGCCAACUGUGACAUUUCUGCUGAUGGUCGGCUGAUGGCCUGCUUCAUACCGAACACGGGUGUUUUCCCGAAUGACACGAUUCUGGCCGUCUACUCUCUUGAUAAAGAAACACUUGGUCAGUGCUUGUAUACACACGGAUUUGGUCCCAAUGCAAUCUCGGUAUGCAUUUCUCCUUGCAACCAGUUUGUGUUGGUGGGGCUAGCUGCACGUCGGUUUGCUUAUUCCCCAUACCAGAGCCAGUCCAAGCAGCUGAUGGCACAGAUAUUCCGGCUGGACAAAACCUGUGAUGAGGUCGGCAUGGGAGCUUGUAUGACACACAUGAAUGACAUCGUUCAUCCACUGGAUCGGCCGUCAGAGCAUGUAAGUGCUAAUUCAGCACGCUGGCUUCCGGGAGCAGGAGAAGGCCUUGUUUAUGGCACCAAUAAAGGCCACCUUCACAUGUGCCGAUUAGGUUCGUUUCUGAAACGUGAGGAGGCGGAGGCGGAGGAGGAGGAGGGUCGGAGUGAGGAGAGCAGGCCGCGGGGCAGUGGCGCGCAGGGCGGCCGUGUCGCGCGCCCCGCGAGCGUCGGCACACGCCGUCCCUUCGCCAGUCUACGCGACUCGAGUCGAGAGGAGCUGCUGCGCAUGCUGAGACGCGCCUGGCAGCGCAGCCAGACCGCGUUCACGCAGACGCAAUCUCGCAGCACGCAGACCACCAGCACACAGACCGACGAAGAGACAGACACGUAGAGAUGUCGCUCCUCAGACUCGAUGGAUGAGCCACACACAUGGAGACUUCACGCCUCAGGGUCGAUUUUCGAUGUCAGGUCGCGCGAAAUUCCUGACUAGCGAAAUACAUGAUAUAGGAUGCGUAUGCGCAUGCGUGCCGACCCGACCAAUCACAUCUCGUCUGCACUGUCAUAGCACACACCCCGCACACACAUACCACAUACCACACGCAUGUGUAGUAGUACUAGUACUACUGUAUGCCUAUGUGAUCAUUAGUACUACUUCAUUCCUUGCAUUAUUAAUAAGAUCUGAAUUGACACACUUAAGCAAUCAAUAAGAAUAUCAACUACAACCUCUACCUAUCAACUCUAAACUCUAACUAAUAUAAACAUUACAAAUUUUAUACAAACCUUCAAUUGACAGUUUGUGUUCGUCCAAGUGUACACAAUUUAUCGUAACACAAAGACGAGCUGUGAUUGGUCGGGUCGGCACGCAUGCACAUAGGCAUCCUAUAUCAUGUAUUUUUGCACACGUCAGGAAUUUCGCGUGACACCGGAGAGUCUGAUGCAUUGAGAUGUCUCAUCUCGGGGACGGCAAAACAAGUGUAGCCACCAUCUUGUUUCACCACCGGUGAGACAGAUGAGUAGUGUGCCCCUCUGCCUACAAAACAGAUACGUCUUUGUCUUGGUACUGAGCUGUAUGUGUAUGUGAUCAUUGAAAUGAUAUGUUAACCUGACAUGUUGAUUCGAUCAGACGUCAUACGGUCUUUUAGUCACAACUGCUACCGGUCCCUGUGCUUGUGGCUUGAACACUUGGUGCCAAACUUGGUGUAGCAUGUUUUUCGUUUCAAUCGUCGUCACAUUGUGAAAGAAAUCAUGAUAACAAAUAUUGUGUUUGAUAAGAAGUAAUUAUCUAGGCCACAAGUUAUGGUUGGUUGUAUUCGAAGGCAAACGGAAAAAUUAAUAGAUCAUUUACAGGCCCUAUCGGCUCUAAUUUUUUGUAUGCCAUUUCCCAGCUAGGUGUGAAUGGCAAUCAUGCAGAGCCUAGUAUGAAUCUCAUCCUUUGAGAAAUUUGCCUACCUCCGUUGUAUGUCUGGCCAAAGCAUUGGUGUUAGUGGCAAGUGGCGUCGGGAAAAAUUUCCUUUCAUGAUUGAAUUUGAAUGCUUUAAAUAUUAUUGUUUAUUUACCACAUUGUUUAUAUUCUAUAAUAACGUGAGGGUAAAAAUAUGUUAUGCUGUUAUAUAUAAUAUUCUAUAUUAGGAUGAGAAACAUGUAACUGUAUAGAAGAAUGUUGUGAAAGGUACAUACUACUUGCAUAACCAAUUUGGCUUCCUCCAGAUGAUUAUAGCAUUUUUGUUAUUUGGGUACAUCUAUACUGUACAGAUGCCUAUGGCCCGGUAAGUUGAAACGAUCAACAGUUUUCGUGUGAGAAUACCUCUAUGUAGUUCCGUAAGAAAUUGUACAAUUCGCUGAGGAUCAAACCCUGAUUGCAAAAAAAGUGGAAGGCUCUAGUUUUUGCAACAGCAGGAUAUGAAAUAUGGGCAGUAUUUUGUUGAUUGGGCACGUAUGACUAACGGUGGUACUGUUCUAGUCAGCAGUCAAUAAGAAUAUUACUGAAUGUAAGGAAUCAUUUAUCAUUGAGUAGGUCGUGGUCGUUAUAUGGCUGCUCUACAUGCUUGUGUUGUUCUGCAUUCUGCAGCAGCAUUACGAGUGGUAGUUGCUAUAUAGUGUGAUGGCUGCUGUUGCUUGUCUGCUGUGAACGAAAUCCAAUCGUAUCAGUACAAGGAACGCAAUUGCCGGUUAUAGAGUGGAGUGGGUAUAUAGUUUGACGGCCGAGCAGAAUCGUAAUGUAUAUUGGCCCUUUGCUAGAGGCUAUUCCUAACGCGCAGUAGGUACUUAUUUUCAAGGCAGUCGUGCCUUAGAUUAUAUAUAUAUAUACGUAG